AGUGGUUUUGUACGAUUCUUGAACGACCAAAGUGUAUAAAUACCCCUCUUCCACCACCGAACUGUCAAAAAUAAUCAAAUCAACUGACUGGUCGACGUGAAAUAACAGCACUACACCUUUUUUGGACUGUAUUAUAGUUUUGUUGUGAUUCUGAAUUAAAUGUGUAAUUGCGCAAGAUUCUAAUUUCUACAUGCAAAGUUGUGUAUUGUGAUAAAUCAUAGUGGAUUCAAGAUUUUUGUCAGUGAAUCGUGACUUUAUGAGGACAAAAUGAUAUCAAGACUAAUUCAUAAUGAGAGGACUGCGAGGAAUGCGAAGCCCUAUUGUCAGUGCUGGAACCAGAACAGACCUAGACUGUGGGAGAGCAGUGGAGGUUGUGCGUGUGGAGAGCAUGCUGACAUUAGUGAAUGGAGAUGGGAGAUGCCAGAGAGUACAGGCACCAGUUGGGUGAUGAUGUGUCCGGAUCAGAAGCAGGUGACCUUCCAUCCGUUCUACAGUUCCGGCACCGCUGCUGUCAAGGGAGAUACUCCGCUAGUCCGUGAUUACCACUACUAUUGGGAAAUCAAGAUGUUAACAGAGCCUUAUGGAACUGAUAUUAUGGUAGGCCUGGGUACAAACAAAGUCAACAUGGCGGAUUCUCUAUUCACAUUCACAUCGUUCCUGGGUCGGAACGGGGAGUCCUACGGGCUGUCGUACACCGGAGCCCUACGACACAACGCCUCCGUCACCAGGGAUAACGUAGGCUUCUGCAAAGGCAGCAUCAUAGGCGUCAAAGUGGACCUCUGGCAGGGCACACUGGAGUUUUAUAUUAAUAGAAAGUCGCAAGGCAUAUCAUUCUACAACCUCCGUCGGCAUCAGGCUCUAUACCCCAUGAUUUGUUCGACGGCGGCGCAGUCCUCAAUGCGGCUGAUUUACGCGGCGUCCUGGCAGGCCUCCCUGCUUGUGGACGCUGCCAAAAUCCUGGCCGCAUCAGUCAACGGAGAGAAGUCGCUGUUCCUACCUCCAGGGCUGAAGCAUACGUUAAAGUCACAGUUCUGGCUGACACUGCCUAAUCAUAAAUGUAUCCUAGACGUAGACGAAGAAACACCUGAAUUGAGUCCAUCAUCUCCAAGCAAGCCUGACUCGAGUAUGCUAAGCGAGUUUUUCUCGAGUCCUUUCAUGAAUGGCUACUACGUGGAUAAUGUUGAACGAGACUACAGAAUAGUCGUGUGGGAAUAAUUUCAAUUCUACAUGAAAAACAUUUACAGACAAAUCCUUCGACCAUUAGUUCUUUUCCGAUCUAUGGCCAAAUUAAUAAUAUUUUGCAAGUGUUUUACAAUGGGUGUAUGUGGUAGGAUUCUAUGGUAUUAUUUUAUCUGUAUUCAAAUUAAAGUGUAGGAAGGUAUUGUAUAUUUAAUAGGAUACGGUUAUAUUAAUAUAAUCCCACAGAUUAUAUUACAAGGGAUACAGUGGUCAUGAAAGCUGAAGUUUUGCCACCAGGCACAUUUUUAAAAUUAUGGGGGCCGCCGUUUUAUAGAUGAUGCUAAUGUGACAUCAGAUCUGUUUGUCUAAUCACAAUAGGUAUCAAAAUGAGGACUAGCUAAUUCUCUAAUGGACGAAUCUGAUGAACUGAUUACGUGAGGUCAAAAUUAGCGCAAUCUGGUUAGUGAAAAUACGUAUAAUAAUAAAUAUUUACCAAACAAUUAAAGGUAAAGAUGUGAAACCGCCCUUGACCGUGUCCCUUAGUGGUACCUAGAUGUACGCAAUAUUAUUUUAUUGUUAUUUAAAAUUUUAAUACCUACAUAGUAUUUUUGAUGUUAAUUCUAUUAUAAACUUAUAGAUUUUAUAUUAAAAGUUCUCUUAUUCCAGAAUAUGUGUACAAUGUCUAAUGUAGGCAUUAGGUAAGUACUUACCUGCUGAACUCCAUGAACUGUUCUUAUUAUGUAGCUUCAAAAAACAUGUUUUCUACUUACAUCUGCUCAUGUAGCUCAUUAGUGAAACAUAAGUUUCUUUAUUCUUUAUUCUGUAAUUUUCUUUGCUGUACAUACGAGUAAUACAAGUAGGUACUUACCAUGUGCUACGCUCAACAAUUAUUUGAAGUAAGUAAUAUCACUACUUUUUCUUCUCAUGGCAUAUUAUGGAGAAUUUAAUGAAUUAAAUACUCUAAAUACGAGUACAAAUUGUUUGCAAAUAUCUAUGAAAUGCUCCAAUAUAAAUAUAAGUAAGUACAUACCAUAUUUUAA